GUGCUUUGUGCAUGUGGUAUCAUGGUCGUGUGAAUAUGAUAUUUUGUGGCGCCGCGAUAGAAAUCGCCAUCUGGUAGUGGAAGAAACUCGCUACUUAUCACCACAUCAUCAGCGUUUUCAUCUUUGUCCUUUUCCGCUGCAUUUUCACCAGACAUCCCCUUACAAAUUGAAGGUACCAGAGGACCAUAGAUGAGUUAGAAAUCAGUGGAACAAUCAGCUCGAAUUGGAAGUAGAGUGAGAGUGUAUGGAGACACCUGGCCAGAGCAGAGAAAUCUGAGCGUAGUUACACUUGCCAGACCCGCCAAGAGUAGCGGCCUACUACUAGUGCACUGAGCCCUUCACGCUCCAGCUAGUAAUAUUAUUACAGCACGGCUAAACCAAUUAUUGAAUCAAUUUGAACCGAUGACUUGAAGGAUAGUAUGCUGUAGCAUGUGAAGGAGACAAGAUGGGUUGCUGCCAGAGCUGCUGUCGAAAGAAGGCGCGUCCGCCUUCUACCGAGAUCGGGAACUUCCUCUACCCAGAGAUUCCCGAUGCUGGGGGCCAUCCAUUCACAGAAAUCAAGGAAGAGCCGUCAUCAUGCGAGGAUAUCAUCCGAUCCUCGCCGGUGCCUCCUCCGGCACCAAACGGACAUCGACAAGACAUGACCCCGAUCAAUAACUUGUCCUUUGUGAUCAGGAGAACUCCUGGGUCGACGCUGUCCUUGUCCAAGAGGCUUUCCAUGGCAGGGAACUUCUACCGCUUGAGCCGCUACGGAAGCCAGUUCAGCCUUGCGGACAGCUUCAAGACAGAUGGAAGCACCUGGACAGUCACGUCAUCUGUCUUUGAACAGAAGGAGGUGGAUGAUCCGAAUUACGCAGCGGACGUGCUCAACAAACUCAAUGAAUUCCGAUUAGAGGACAGAUUCACAGACUUCGACAUAUUUGUAGGAAAUACGCAAUUUAGAUGUCACAAAGUAGUCCUAGCUGCAACUAGCAGAUUCUUUGCCCAUAAUCUAGCAGAUGAAGUGACAGAGGAAGGAGAUCGCAUUGCCAAAGAUGAACUAGUCAUUGAUGCCGUUGAGCCAUUCAUUGUGCGGUUGUUGCUCGAUUACAUCUACUCGGCCAAGCUCAUAAUCAGCAAUGAGAACGCAACAAAGCUACUUGCCGCGUCGAGGCAGUUCCACAUGCACUCGUCAGAGCAGGCGUGCCUUGAGUUCCUUGAGAGGCAAGACAAUAGGAGGCGUGAGUCCGCCAACGACCUUGCAAAGCUCGCUACCGAAUACACCUUUGAACAACCCUACCAUGUCAACGAAAUCCUCCUCGGGCUAAACGACCAAAGACACGAUGGCAAAUUCGUGGACGUUAGACUGUGUGUGGAGAAGGAGGAACUUCAGUGCCAUCGGGUUGUCAUAGCAACCAUCGAUGAAGUGAUGGAGAGGAGGAUGUUACAGACUGGGGAGUCGGGGAAAGUGACCAUUGAGGACAUUACCCCGUCGGUCCUGAGGAUGAUUGUCAAUUACACCUACACAUCUCGUUUGGAGAUAUUUGAAGAGAAUGCCAGAGAGGCCCUGCAGUUGGCGUCCAUGAUGAAGCACUCCUCGGCCAUUCAGAAGUGCAGUGAUUUCCUGAGAGGGAUGCUAGAUCCUGCAAACUGCCUUGAGAUCCAGAGAACAGCCUAUGAGAAUCCCAGCUGUGAACAGCUCCAUAAGGCUGCCACAAAAUAUGCCUUGAAGUGCUUCCCAGAGGUGAUCAAGCAGGAUCAGUUCCUUCAGCUAUCUCCUGAGGAAGUCCUGGAUUACCUGGGAGAUGACAACCUCAACCUGAGAUCUGAAGAAGAUGCCUUUGACGCCUUGAUGAAAUGGGUCAAGUACAAGGAAGACGAAAGAGCCGGGUACCUCUCAGACAUGCUCAUGUGUAUCCGCCUCCCCUACAUCCCUCCAGAUAUGCUCCGGGAUAAAAUCAAGAUGGCUCCGCUGAUCCGAGACAACGAGGGUUGCCAGUUCCUGAUCCUGGAGGCUAUGGAGAUGCAGCAGAUCAUACGCGAGGGCAGGAACAGCGGGGAACCUCGAAUGAAACCCAGGAGGGCCUUUUCCGACGUGACCUUUGUCGUCGGUGGGCGCAACAAGCAGCAGACUUGGAUCAGAGACACAUGCUACUAUGACAGUGUCAGACGCAAGUGGUACCCACUUGCGCAGUAUCCUGGGAACACUACUGAAUACCGUGUGGUUGCUCACAGCAAUGAUGUGUAUGUAAUAGGUGGACGCAAUGAGGGAAAGUUAAUCACUGGUGACACCUGGAGGUAUAACUCGCUGUUCAAUGAAUGGUCACAAUGCAGCGGGCUUGUUGUUCCCCGACUCUGCCAGGGACUCGGCGUCGUCCAAGACCGGAUAUACGCUGUUGGUGGCCGUCUGGACUCCUCCAACGAACCCCUUCGUGAAGUCGAACGAUACAAUCGGCGGUCCAACCAGUGGAAGCAGACAGAGUCUAUGACGUAUGGAGUCGUUGAUCCAGUCGUGACUGCCCAUAGUCGGCGUCUCUACGUCAUUGGAGGACACAUGGAGGACACGAACGAUAUCCUGGUGCAAUGCUUUCAUGUGGACAAAAGUUGUUGGACAAUCAUUAAAGAUCUAUCCUUGCCUUGUGAACCAAGGGUUGGAGCCACUCUGAAGAGCAAGAUAUAUCUAGUAGGAGGGAGGACUGAGUACAAAGUACAGGUUUACAGUCCGCACAAAGGGGAAGUAAACACGAUAGCCGAGAUGCAGCACGCAGAUGGCCACGCGAGGGAGCUAUACUCCAUGACGGUCACCAACAAGAAGAUCGACGUCAUCGGUGGUCAGUGGACGGUGGGGGACGAGGACGAUGCCUUGACCAUCUCGACCAACAGCGUAGAGCAGUUUGACCCUCAGACCAACGAGUGGACGGUCCUGGGUCCGAUGCCGAGAGCCCUGACCUACCAUGGUUGUGUGACCAUCAAGAAGUACAUCGGCCUACAGAAGUCCCUCCUUACCUGGGUACCUAAGACUGGUUUCCAUCAUGGAAGAUGAACAAACUACAAGUAGAGAAUGAGAAUCAUUCUUGUCUGCUAAGAGCUAUAAGGGCAUUUACUUUAUUGAAGUGUAUAGGAGUUAAGACCCUUCUGUCUCUCAACUGAUGUGUUGUAAGAUUUUGGGUGUUUUAAUCGUUUAGACAUCGAAUUGUAGCUGUCCAUAAUGGCAAAUGAGCAAACUAUGAGUAGAGAAUGAGGAUCAUUCUUGUCUGCUAAGAGCUAUAAGGACAUUUACUUCAUUGAAAGUAUAGGAGUUAAGACCCUUCUGUCUCUCAGCUGAUGUGUUGCAAGAUUUUGGGUGUUUUUAUUCUUCAGACAUCGAAUUGUAGCAGUCCAUAAUGACAGGUGAACAAACAUUCUCAACCAGUAGAACCUAAAGAAUAUUUGUGAUUGUUCAGAGCCAGAAAGGCAGUAACUUUAUGGAAAUCCAGAGUGUAUAUGAGUUAAUGCCUUUCUGUCUCUCAACCGAUGUUAUACCAGAUUUUGAUACUUUCUUUCAUUCAGACAUCGACUUGAAGCAGGCCGCAAUGGCAGAUGAACAAAAAACUCUCUCAACGAUUAGCACAUGCAAAAUAUAUGAAUUAAUGCCUUUCAAGCACUCAACUGAUGUUAUACCAAAUUUUGAUUGUUUUUAUCAUUCAGACAUCGAAUCGAGUCGUCCAUAAUGGCAGGUGAACAAAAACUCUCAACGAUUAGAACAUGCAAAAUAUUUUAUCUGAUGAGAGUGGAAAGGGCGCUAAACUCUUGCAAAAAAGGCUGAGUUAACGCUCUCAUCUGAUGUUAUACCAGAUUUUGAUACUUUCUAUCAUUCAGACAUCGACUUGUAGUAGUUCAUAAUGGCAGGUGAACCAAAAACUCUCUCAACGAUUAGAACAUGCAAAAUAUUUCAUCUGCCGAGUGUGGAAAGGGCGCUAGCUUUAUGCAAAAUUAGAUGAGUUAAUGCCUUUUUUGGCUCUCAUUGGACUGAUGUGUCAAUGGAUUUUGGACGUCUGUAUCAUUUGGACAUCGAAUUGUAGCUGUCCAUGUUGGCUGAUGAACAAACAUUCUCAACGAGUAGAAAAUUAAGAUUAUUUUAAUUUACUGAGAUCCAGAACAACAUGAAGUAAUUCGUCAUCAUUAUUAUGAAUCAACAAAUCUGUACAUUGAUAUAUAUAUAUUUUACGGAUUUGUCGGCUCAUAAAACCGCUGACAAAAUUUAAAAGUCAUUCUGGCUACUCAGUAAUGGGUUUUGAGAUAUGUUGGUGUUUGUAUCAUAAUCAUUCAGAUAGUGAACUUACUUGGACAGGAAAGGGAUUAGAUGAACUAUUUUCAGUAUCACAUGUUCGUGUAGACUAGUAAUGUCAAUGCUGUUCGCACCUUUUAACAUUUUGAUUCAAAGGUUUGAAACAUGCUCAAGUACAAUUUGUCAGAAGUACUAAUUGGUGCAGUAAAUGAAUAUAGUUGAAUUUCAUGUGAAUCUCUAUAUGCCAUGGCCAAACUACUCUGUGCUGUGAAAUCUUAUUCAAGUACUACAUCAAAUAUACAUUGUACAUGGGUUAAAGGAAUGCUUGCAUUGUAAUAUUGAGAAAUAUAUUGGUACAUCUAUUUCCUGCAUGUUGCAUGGUUUUUCUAAAUAUUGAUAGAUAGUGGAGCACGAAGAUGGACGAAUCUGGGCCCCAUUUCACAAAACUUGUCAUCAGUGACAAAUGACAGUUUUUAUUAUAAGCUAGUGAAAUCCUUGCUUCUGAUUGGUCAUCAACAGAUUUGCCACUGAUUUUUGUCAUUUGUCAUUGAAAAAAGGCUUCGUGAAACGGGUCCCUGAGUUGUGUCCCAAAUACCAUGAAUUAUUGAAUUGUGACAUCAAAAUCUCAUUUUAUUUGAUGUUUUGUGUCUGAUUCUAGCUCUAGGAGGGCUAUCAGCUUGAUGCAGUCAUCAGAUACACUGAAAUUUUAGAUGUAGUUGCAGUGACGUAUGGAUGGAAACAAAUUUGCUUUGACUUGAUCAGAACGAGAGAAUCUGUUAAAAUUAUAUACAUGUAUUAUUAGAGAGCAUGGAUCAGGGCCUAUUGCGCAAAACUUAUCAUUGAUGGUAACUUUGCCAUCGAUGGUAACUACCAUGGAAACCUUGAUUUUGAUUGGCUGUUGAGCCCUGUUAUCAUGGUAGUUGCAAUCGAUAGCAAAGUUACCAUCAUCGGUUUUAAAAUGUUAUGCAACGGGGCCCAUCUGUUACCAAAACUUACAAACCAAAUCUAUACAGAAUUGAGCUUCAUGUACAGUAUGUCAUAUGUUUAAUUAAUUCAAACAGAUACGCAAGUGGAAUAUUCAUAUAUUAUCUUUAAGAGUUCUGGUGGGAAUAUUUGUUCAAGAUGUGUCUUAUGUGUAUCACAACUUUGCUGUUCACCAUUUCAAGGAUGAAUUUGAUCUUGGCAUGACUUUGUCAUGUUUAUCAUUCCAUGCAAAUAUUGCUUUCUGGACCUUGCUUGUGGAUUGCAACUUUCAACGGUAGAUGUUACAUUGCCAACCAAUCAGAAUUUGGCUUAUAACAGGUACCAGUAGAAAGCUUUAUUCUGAUUGGCUAUUGGGGAUUGUCAAUGAUAGGUGUAAGAUACAUGUGUUUCAGCCAACCAAUCAGGAUUGGGCUUGUAACAAGCUACAUCGAAGAGCUUGAUUCUGACUGGCUGCUCGAUGAUUCCGAGUGAAUGAUGUAAAAUACUCAGCCGACCAACCAGGCUGUGGCUUGUAACAGUGACAGCAAAAAGCUCAAUUCUGAUUAGCUGCUGAGCAAUGAAGCUUUAGGCAAGCGAUCCCUUUCCAAACUCUUUCAUGGCCUCGAAGUCAUUUAUUCAUGCAUUUCCCUACUCUUAACUAGUCAGAGGAGUUCUUUAGACUGAAAUUUUAUCUCAAGAUAGUGUCAUUGAUGUGUUUUUAUAUCAUAUUAAGAGCCAGAGGAGCAUAGCAAAACAUUUCUUUCUGUUGAAAGCCAGAAUGGAUCCAGCUCUAUAUAAAAUGUGAGUUAACAUCCUUCUGGCUCUCAGGAAAUAAGGCAUUUGGAGAAUAAUUUUUUUGGCUGAACAGUUAAUGAUAAAUGAUUAAAAACACUCUAGCUACAUCUAUGCAGAUUGCAUUCAAUUAUAAUUCUACUUAAAACUAGUCAGAAAUAUACCAUUCUUUUGAUAGGCUUCAUAAACUGAAGUGCUGUAGAUACAGCUAUAUACUUAACAAUUAUCUUUAAUACGUGUACUCAUAUACAUGUAAUGUAUGUGUGCAUGAGAAUUAGGAAAACAUGCAGAUCAAACAAAACUUUUGCUUGAAUACUUCUUUGCUGCAUAGAUUCUGCAAGUUCUCAGCACAUAAGCAGUUGCAGGCUGAAUUCAGAAUCUUCUUUUAAAAGUACUAUUUACAAAACUAAUAUUCAAUCAUUCCUUAACUCAACUUUCUUGACUUCAUUUUGCCACUAAUAAUCUUUCAACUCUAUUUAUUCAUUACUAGUCUUUACUGCGAUCUUACUUGAUCAUUUAUUUGCAUUAAAAUGCAUGUGGUGAAAAUAUGACGGUCCUUAUGACUCCUUAACAAUUUAGUUUCAUGUUUUAAUCACAAGCAUGGUCUUUCUGGACUCACUAGAGCCACAACGGUGUUAACUCUGUGUUAAACAACAUUGCUUAAUGCCGUUGGUUCAAAUAGAUCCUAUGUAAAUCUACUAUCUUCUGCUUUGUAUACAGUACUCUAUUGGACAUCAAAAUGUUCAACUUAUCUUUUAAUGCUCUAUCACUUCUUUCAUUAUGUCUCAAGAUGAAGGUUUGAAAAUGUGAAUAUAGUUAUUCAAAAUUAUUAAUUAAACAUAUGUGAUAUAUGUAAAUAUAUAUUGGAUUGCCUGACAAUAAAUAAAUGGCUGAAUGGGA